AUGCCAAAUGAACGACGUCAAACUAAUUUAUUAAGAAUGGAUGUGGACAGUGUAUUAAAACCAUUUGAUGAUGAACAAAAAUAUUUACAAAAACUUCGUCAAUCAACAACAGUUGAAUCAAUUCUUCUUCAUUUAUUUGAUUUAUUACAAAUUGAAGAUUAUCAUUUAUUAUUUUCAACAAUAAAUUUUCAAACAAUUGAUUUAAAAUGGUUAGAAAAUUUUAGUCGUAUAUGUAUGCAACGUUAUUUAGAAUUUGAUGAUAUAUGUUUUUCUUCGAAAACAUCACAAAUAAAUCUUGAAAAUAAAAAUGAUACAAAAUCAAUUAUUGAAAAUUAUACAAAUUUUUUAAUUGAAAAUUUAAAAAGACGUUUUACAUUAAAAUAUUUUUGUGCAAUUAUAAUUGAAUUAGAACAAUUAAAUCAUUUUAAAUUUGAACAAAUAUCAAAACAAUUAAAUGAAAAUAAUCAUAUUAUACAUGAUAUUUUUCUAUUAUUUAAUACAGAUAAUGAUGAUAAAGAUGAUAGUAUUAUACAUAUAAGUUCAACACCAGCACAAAUUAUAAAUCGUCCAAUUUAUACGAAUUAUAAACCUAUGCAUAUGGUUUAUUUACGUGAAAAUCUUCUAAUUAAAAAUGAUCUUGAUUUACGUUUACCAUUAAAAGGUAUAACAAAUACAUUUAUAGCUGAUUUAAUACAUACAAAAAUUAUUAAUAUACUUGAUGAAACAACUAGUAAAACAUAUGAUAUACCAACAAAAUGGCUUUAUUUUUCUAAACCAUGUGAAUCAAAUAUAAUUUUACCAUUAAAAUUACGUGUUCUAAUAAUUGAUUCUCAAACAAAUUGUCGUCGUUAUGGUUUUAUUGGUGAAGAACCAGGAAAAAAUAAUGAUUAUCGUUGUUUAAUUUUUUUUACUGAUGAUAAAACAAAUAUGUCAGCAAAUUAUCAUCCAUCAUCACAUAUACAUAUAUGUCUUGAUCAAACAUUUUCAAUACAUACACAUGAAUGUCAAAAUGAUUUUCUUGAUAGAUAUUUUGCAUCAUAUCCUGAACGUAUGAUGUUAAGAGCUAAAGAAGGUUCACUUGUUAAAGUACGAAAUAUAUUUACAAAUUUUAAUCAUAAUUUAUUUAUACAUGCACUUGUUGUACAAAUUGAUGGUUCAAUGAUGCAAAUUGAAUUAAGUCAUAGUAAACAACGUAUAUGGCUUUAUCGUGGUUCACCAUUACUUGAUCAAAUGCAUACUUAUUAUUCAACACAAAAUAAAGCAACUAUUAAUGGUUUUGCUCGUCGUACAGCUCGACAACAUUUAUCAGCUAGACGAACAAAUGCACCGGAAAUUAUUUGUCUUAAUGAUCAAACAACAACUACAACAGUACCAUCAACAACAAUGAUAAAUAAAGGAAAAUUAGUUCGAACAGUUGAACAAGCAAUCGAUGGAAUAGAUGAAACAAGAUCUAUAAAACGAGCGCGAAUAUCCAGUGAACAAGAUCUUCGAAAACCUUCACCUCUUCAAUCAACAACAUUAAUUCAAACGGGUUUACGAACACUUCGUCCACGACAAUCAAAUAAUACUACAUCUAAUACAUUACCAUUAUCAUUAUCAUCAUCAUCCUUACCUAAUGAUCAUACAUCGUCAAUAAAUCUUCAUCGUCAAUCAUCUUCAUCAUCGAUUUCAUCAAGUCAUGGUACUACAACAACAAUGCAAUUACGUUCCAGUCACACAAAUACAAAUGCAAAAGUAAUAAUUAAUCCAUUAUUUCUUGAAUUAGCUGAAAAAUUUCUACUUCAUUAUUCAUAUGAAUUUCAUCCACAUAAUUGUUCACAUAAAUGUGUUGUUUAUGCUGAAAAACAUUUUCAUCAAUUACCACGUACAAUGAAUCCAUUGUUAAAACCGUUUGCAUGUCAUUGGACAAUGCUUGAUAAUAUACGAGUUCGAAAAGCUGGUGAUGUUCGUCUUAAAGUAACACGUUCAGCAUUUAUCUAUUGUGCACCAUGUGGUAGAAAACUUUUAACUCAAACUCAAGUUGAUAAUUAUCUUCAUGAAACAAAAUCUAAAUUAACUAUUGAAUUAUUUGUAUAUGAUAGUAAAGUUAAUGUUAAACAACAUUAUUGUCCAGAUGGUAAAAUUAUAAAUUCAGAUAUAUCAAGUGGACAAGAAAACAUUCCUAUAUCAGUUGUUAAUGAAAUUGAUAAAGAACCAGGAAAAAUUGAAGAACCAAGUACAUUUACAUAUCGUGUUGAACGAACACCAGUUGCAGGUGUUAAUAUGGUUACUAAUGAACCAACAAUGACAUGUUGUACUUGUACAGAUGGAUGUAGAAAUAGAGUUCAAUGUGCUUGUUGGUUACGUACUUUGAAAUAUGCUGAAUUAAUCGGCGAUGAACGUGUUAAAGCAAUGAAAGCUAAACAUAAAAGUCAAUCAGAAAUUCUUCAUCAACUUGGUUAUCGUUUUCGACGUUUACAUAAAAAUGUUCCUGGAGGAAUUUAUGAAUGUAAUAGUAGAUGUUCAUGUAAUAAACAAACAUGUUCAAAUCGUGUUGUACAAAAUGGUAUUAUUGCACAACUUCAGUUAUUUAAAACUGUUGGACGUGGUUGGGGUGUACGAACAUUACAUGAUCUUCCAAUUGGCACAUUUAUUAGUAUUUAUUCAGGUGAAAUUUUUACUAGUGAACAAGCUGACGAAAGAGGAAAAUUACUUGGUGAUGAAUAUCAAGCAGAUUUAGAUUUCUUUGAAAAUAUUAAUAAUGAUUCGGAAGAAGAACAGAAUGGUGGCAAUUUAGAACAGGAUGAUGAAGAAGAUAGAAGUGAUACAUCUCCGUCAAGUACUGAAUCAGGUAAAUGUAGAAUCAGUUGCUUUUUAAUGAUAAAAGAUGAGUCUGCAAUUAAAUUUGAACAAAGAAAAGUUAAUUCUUUUUUAUGCAGCAAUAGUCUUCUUUACUGCAUCUGUUAUAUUAUCAUUUGAAGCGUUGAAUUAUAUAAGGUAGAGAUUUUCACUUGCUACAGAUCAUGAGAAAUAUUGUUGAUAUUCAAUCAUAGGUUAAUGACUCGUUCGAAUAUAUUUUAAUUCCGCAGCGACUGUGUUAGCUGCUUUUUUGCAUAGAAUUAAAGAUGAGAUAGUUCUCUAUAAAAUAAUAAAAGAAUAAAGUAUUUCUGAACAAUCAUUCAGGAAUGGUUGAACUCAUUUUACAAGUCUAUUUUUCAGAGAAAUCAAGAAAAUUGCCCAAACUGACACAGAGUUUCCUACCACCAAUAUACUCAUUGUUGACAAAUGACUUGCGCUCUGAAGUUCAGGUAGUUUGAAAAAAAGCCUUCGUCUCAUAAUUCCUACGCUAGAAGUCUUAUAAAAAUACUGAAGUCAUAUUCAAAAAGAACACAAAAUUCUUAUUCUAACCCAAUAAAAUAUUCGACUGAUAAAUGAACAAAACCUUUUGUCAAAUUACAUUUCGAAUCACCAAUUCAAAGAAAACGUUCGAUUAAUUAAUCAUAUGAUUAAUAUGAUUCAAAGAUAAAAAUGAGUAGUAAUGUCAUAGAUCCAUUUAACUUAUAUUCUUCAGAGAACUAUAUAGGUCAUUACAUGAGUGUUUGCGCUAAAUUGAACAUAACAAUAGUAAUGGCUAACAAACAAAAUAUAAAUAUAUGAUUUUAUGAAGAAAUAGAAAUAUACAAAUAAAAAAAAAUUCUUAUUAAUCUUAACUUUUGUUUGAAAUGAAUAUGAUGUCACAGUUAUAUAUAUAUUAUAUCAAAGAAUAGCAACUAACGAGGGAACGUUCCCAAGUGAUUAAAAGCUUUUGAGCUCAUAUGUUGCCCAUUAGGUAGGGGACCACUAGAUUAGAAAAACCUCCAAAGGAUCCGUGCCCAUAUUGAGAGU